AUGCCUAUUAAGAAUAUGAAAAAAUAUGUUCCUUAUGCCGACCAGGAGGAUAUUAAUAAUAGCAUGACUAAGGCUCAUAUAGAAAAAGAGGAAGAUAGAUAUUUAUAUAUGAAUAAGGAAAAUUUACUGAAUGAAUUAUAUAAUAUGAAACGUACAUGUUUUGAUUAUAAUCAUUUUUCAAAUUAUAUACACUUUUAUGAAAUAUAUAGUAAUAUAAAAUGUAUAGCUCAUUAUGAAAGGAAAAGAAAGAAAGGAGAAUUGUUUUUUAUGUAUUAUGUUAGUAGAAGAAGAUAUAUAUUUUUUUUAUUAUAUUUAAUAUUUUUAUUAAUAAAUAUCUUUUUAUUAUUUCGCUUACAAUGUUUAAUCAAGUGUCCUUUUUUAAAUAAUAAUAAUAAUAACAUAUUAUAUUUGUAUGAGAUCAAUUUCCAUGUGUUUUUUACUUUUUUUAUUCUUAUUUAUUGUAUAUUAAAUAUAUAUUUAUUUCAUUAUACAUAUAAUAUAUUCUUACAUCAUAUAAAUAUUAUGUGUAUUAUUAUUAUACAAUAUUUAUAUAAUACCUAUAUCAAAGAAAAAAAUAAAGAAAUAUAUAAAAAUACAGAAAUAUUAAUUGAAGGAUGUAAAAGAAUAUUUCAUAAUUUGGAUAAGGACUUUGAUAAUAUUAUCUUGUUGUAUGCAGAUCAAAUAUUUAAUAAAUUUACAAAUAUAUUUAAAUAUAUUAAUAAGGAAAAUUAUCCACUCCAUAAUAUUUAUAACAUACAUACCACAGACUCUUCUAUAUAUAUUAAGAGUGAUGAUGUUUCAUCAGAUAUUAUAUUAUUAAAGGAUACAUAUAAUAAUAGUGAUCAAGAGGACGAUAUAAGAACAAAUAAAAAAAGUAAUAACAAUAAUAUCAUAUAUAUGAAAGAUAAUUAUCAUCAUCAUCAUCUACCUACAACUAAAAAUAAUCACAACAAUAAUAAUAUUAAUAAUAAUAAUAAUAAUAUUAAUAUUAGUACAAGUUGUGAUUAUUCAUAUUAUAAUAAUGAAGAAGUAAAACAAAAAAAUAAAAAAAAAAACAAAAAAACAAAAAAAAUAAUAAACAAUAAUAAUAAUAUGUGUCCCAAAAUUAUUAGUAUAAAUAAGGAUGAUUUCUAUAAAAAUUUAAAUUAUAUGUCAGACGAUAUUUCAUAUAAUAUAAAAAAAAAUAAUAAAGCGGAAAAUAAAAAUGUAAUAUCAUCAUAUAUUCCACUUCUAUCCAGUACACGGAAGAGCAUAUACAACAUUUUUGGUAAUACCAUAUAUUCUAAUAUCUAUGAUAUAAGUAUGUAUAUGAAAUAUAAAUAUAAUUAUAUACAUUUUUUAAUGUUAAAAAAGUGUCAAGACAAAAUUAAUUAUAUAAAAUUCAUUUUUUACCUUUUCCCAUAUAUCAUAAAUUUAUUUAUUAAUUUAAUAAUUAAUUUUUAUAUUCUUUUUUCAGUAUUUUAUUAUAAUAACACAAUACCUUUAGCUUCAUCAUAUGAAUUAACAAAAAUACAUUUUUUUAACCUGUUCAAUUAUAAAGGAGUGUACUAUAUAGUAUUCAUUUUUUUUAUUAAUUUUUCGUUUUUUCUAUAUUGUCUUUUUUUAUAUAAAAUCAAUACUAUCUAUUUUUUCUUGCGACAAAUAUACAAACAAUGUAAGUAUGAAUCCAUAUAUUACUGUGAUCAUAUAAUGAAUGAUAUAUACGAAAAUUUUAUAUUCCUAGAAAUAGUUAAAAAUAUUUUUGAUCAGGACGAGGAAACACAAGAGAAACAGAAGAAGGACAUUGAAGAAAGUGAAUUUUCGGAUUAUAUAAAAAAGAAUAACACGACAUCUAAUAUAGAUUCUUAUGAUAUAAUAAAUAAUAACAUAACAACGUUUCAAAAAUAUAACAUAAACAAAAAAGGUGAAGAAAAUAAAAACACAAACAAGCAAUACAAUGAUAUAUGUACAAGCACACAAUGUAAUGAUAAUAUGCAUAAUUCAAAUAUAAUUUCACAAUCUAUUUAUUCUCCUACAAAUACACAUUUUCAUAAUAAGCUUCACAAAUAUGUCCAGUGUGAUGAUAUUCAAAUUAUAAAUGAGCAAGAAAUGUAUAGAGACAAUUAUAAAAAUAUGAACAAAUAUAUGAAUAUAGAUCAUUUAAACAAUGAUCAACAAAGUUAUUAA